AUGUGGGUGUUUGGCUUGCUGUUGUUGGUCAGCGAAAUAAACGCUUUUAAUGUCAGCCUCACGGGUUUUAACGAUGUGUGGUCGGUGCACUACCCUCCUCGCAAGUCAAACGUUCGUCGUCAACGCGCCUACCCUCCAUCUAUGCCGUUCCCCUGUCACGAGUCUCUCUCCUGGGGCCGCAGCAGACACGUCCCUACCUCUGUACACCGGCUCAGACCAGGGGAUAUAGACGUCGUGGCAGCUAUUGGAGACUCCUUGGUGGCAGGGAGUGGGGCUUUGGAAGAAUUCGCCCUGGGAGCGUUCGUUGAAUAUAGAGGAAUAUCUUGGUGUGCAGGCGGUGACAGUACGUGGCGUGAGUUCCUAACCCUCCCUAACAUCCUGAAGGAGUACAACCCUCAACUGCGAGGGUACUCCACGGGGACGGGCGAGUGGCUCGCUAAGAACUCGAGACUCAACGUGGCCUUCCCUGUCGCGUCCGACCAGGAUGCUUACAAACAAGCUAAGAUCCUGGUGGCGAGAAUGCGUUCGUCUCCUGACGUGGACAUGGCCCAUCAUUGGAAGAUGGUGACGGUAUUCAUAGGGGCCAAUGACCUUUGUUCAGCGUCGUGUCUCUCCCCUGUGGCCUGGUCGCCGGCUGCUCAUGCCAGGAAAUUGGCGCGAGCCUUGGACUACCUUCAUCAACACUUACCGCGGACUAUCGUCAACCUUAUACCGGUCUUGGAUGUGUCAGUAUCUGUGCGCGUGCUCCGUCCACUCAUGUGUCGUCUGAUGCACCCCUUGUUCUGUACGUGUUUCCACCGCGGAGGAGGCGAGCUGAGGGACCUGGUGCGGCAGGCGCGCCUCUACCAGGACGCGGAGAUGGCGCUCGUGGAGAGCGGUCGUUACGACUCUCGUCCCGACUUCACGGUGGUGGUCCAGCCGUUCAUGCGUCUGUUCAACGCGCCGUCGUCGGAGCCGCCGCUGCCGCUCGUCAUACACCAGUCAUACAUCACACACGACUGCUUCCACUUCUCACAGAAAGGACACGCGCUGGCCGCGAACCUCCUAUGGAACAACCUCCUAGAGCCGGUCGGUAACAAGUCGUCCCCGUCGCCGCCGUCCCUCAUGAAGUCGUUCCGCUGUCCGUCGCGCCGCGCCCCCUUCAUCUUCACCAACAUCAACUCCAAGGAGUUCCUCGUCACCGGCUCGCAGCCCGGAGCUGAGGAUGAAUACAAUCAAACUUGGUGA